AUGUUAUGCGUUGGUCCGUUUGUGUUGCUUCUAAUGAUGUUUAAUGUAAGCCAUCGCCAAGUUAUUAUUUGCGGAGGAUUCGUUUCUUCUGUGGCAACCGCUGGAGGCUUUUUUGUUGACCAAGUUGAAGUUCUUUACCUUACGUAUGGAAUUCUCUCAGAAAUCCAAUUGAAGUCUGUGAAUGAGUUUCUAUUAAAACCGGAAUCAGGGUUCGAUCCAGACGAUAAGCCGACUGAAUAUGAAGAAGGAACAAACACCAACAAUUUGGACAACUCUGAAAAUCCUGGACAUUCUGUCAACGAGCUUCCAACCAAUAUGAUAAAAAGAUUUUCAAGCAAAUGCACUUAUCUCCACAAAAUCAUAUUUGAUCUUGAUGUUAUGAAGAAUACAGGCAUGCAGUUGCUACUAACUGUUUACUUUUUUUGGUCAUCGUGCGAAAAAAUUUAUAUCUAUCUUCCGGCAAAAGUUGUGAAUGUUGGACUCACCCGUGAACAAGGAGCCUUGAUAAUGUCCAUCGUCGGUGCAAUUAUUGGACCUAGCCAAAUUAUUACAGGAAUUCUUGGUGACCUACUUCACAUCCCUGUAAGCUACCUUCUGAUGCCUUCAUUGUUUGGCAUGUCGGCCACUACCUUAGCCUUUACAUUCUGCAACACUUUCUCAUUUUUUGCUCUGUGUGCGUCUCUUUUCGCCAUUUUCUACGGAGUCGCCUUUACCCUUCGAAUGGUGCUUGUGGCUUCCAUCUUGGGUGGGAGAAACCUGACCCAAGGAUAUUCUCCUUUGUGCCUUCUGAUUGGUAUCACUUACAUUAUCGAUACGAAAAUCGCAGGUUCUUUGUUCGAUGCUACACAGUCUUACGAUUCUAUCUUUUACUUCACCGCCUGUACUUUAUUCAUUGCCGGCAUCGCUUUAAUAUAUCUGUCUGUUCACAUAUCUAUCUAUCUAUCUAUAUAUCUAUCUAUCUAUCUAUCGAUCGAUCUAUCUAUCUGUGGAUAA